UGUGUUGGACUCUGUGUUGUGGUGGGUGUUGGUCGUUUGUAGACAUUAGCAGACUCCAUUUAUAAACUAAUGUUAGCUAGUGUUGCCCACUGUUGGCACUGUAGGGAAGCGGAGAGAGAAGGCACUCGGGAGCAUAAAGGUCACAACCUUUGACCCUCAUCCUACAUAGAGACACAUAGAGAUCAGUCCACAGUCAGCAGAGGGACAAAGCUACACUACAACCUGUUCACUCUCUGCUGAUCAAUAAUCUGAUCAAUAAUCUGAUCAAUAAUCUGAUCAAUAAUCUGAUUAUUAUAGAGACACAACAGGAUUCACAGUCUGACAUAUGGAAGCUUUAAUAGUUUAACCAUUAAAAACUGACUGUGAUUUUAGUGUUAAAUCCAGAAAUAAACAAAUGAGAGAAAGUAAAAAUAAUAAUAAUUGUCCUGUUUUCAGGGUCUUUAAUGUUCAUUAAAGUGCAUUAAUGUAGUAAGAGCAGCCUGUAUGUGAGAGCAGUUACUGUUAUCGAUGUUGACCUGCUGUAACAUGACUGUAAACUCACAGAGCAGGAAUGUGUGUGCAGAAAUCUCACUGUGUAUGGGACAUGUGAUGACGCAUAUUUGUGGGUGUUUGAAUAAAACAAGUAAUUAUGUAUUUUCAGAUGACUUUCUGUUAGUCAUUCAUUAUGUCUCCACUGGGAGAGGCUCCAGUGAUGUGCCGAUAGUGGACGAGUCGGCUCUUUGAGUCGACUCCCUUCAGUAAAAGAUGGGAGUUGAUUUAUUUCUUUUAUAAGUUACAGCAGAGGAUAAACAUGAUCCACAAACAUCGAGAGCAAAGUGGUGUCAAACUAAGGUUAUUUUUAGUAUUACCUGAAACAAUAUCAGGGUGUGAACUACAGGUGAGCUCACCUGGUCUCUAAAAUACUGACAAUCAGCUCCUCCGGGAUUGUUGUUGCCUAAAAUGUCUAAAAUGUCUGAUUUCACAACAGCCUUUAUAGAAAAUUGUGAUGUAUGUUGUUGUUUUAGACAUUUUUGCAAUGAAACUGAGAGAAAGUGAAAAUUGCUAAAAUAGUUGUGUCUUUAAUGGGCAGAUCAAUUAUUGGCUGUAAUUUAUAUUAUUAUUAUUAUUGUUAUUAUUAUUAUCAUUCUGAGCAUUCAUAAUAAAAAACAUUUCCCAUUAUUGGCCAAUCAUUUUGCCAUUAAUUAUCCUGUGUCAGUAAAAAUUAUGAUGAACCAAUCGAACAGCUCGACAGUGUUUCACUCUGUAUCUUAUAUAAUGACAAACCUUCUCACUAUUAUUAUUAUUAUUGUUAAAGUUUGACAUUAUUAUGACUUACACAAUCCUUUUUUUGGCGUCCAUCAUUAGAGAUCCGUUACUGACUCGCCGAGUUGAACCGAAUGACUCGGAUCUCCGAGCGGAGCCGAACCGCCCUCCGUCAGCAGACGCUCCGGCUGUCCCAAACCGCACACGGCCCGCGCAUGCGCAGUGUCGCGGGGUGCCUGCUGAAAGUCUCGGAAGUUUAGCCAAGUUGCAGUGAUUUAGCCAGCAGCUAGCAGCAGAAAACGACGGUCGGACCGCCGCAAACUUCGGUUUUCUGCGGAUAAAAAGUGCGUUUGGACGGAAGCUUUCCCCGCACAGUGACCCUCGGAGGACUAUCGAUGGAUUUAAAGCGUUUUUCGGUGUUUAACUGGCGCCAGCAGCAGCGGGAAACUCAGUAGAAAGAAGUUGUGAUUGUUUUUUUUUGGCGCUCUGGCGGCGCAGAGGAAAGAUGGAGGAUUAGCAUCAGAGCUAACAGGAGCUAACAGGAGCUAGUUGGCUGGUUGAUGAGAGAAAAACGAGUGGAUGAGGACAGAUUAUUGAUCCCACUGACGCUGUUUGAGCUGCUGUUCAUGUUCACAGAUUAACUAAAGAAUGAGAGUCCCUCAGGCUCUGAGGAUGGGACCAGGGCUACUGGAGGCAGGAUCUAGACAUCAGAUGGUGCUCUGAAGAAGCCAUGGGUAGCUGUUUAAGCUGUCCAGAGAAAGAAUCAAUUCCAGAUAAUCAUCAAAGCAAAUUCAAGGUGAUCAACGUGGACGACGAUGGGAACGAGUUGGGCUCGGGUGUGAUGGAGUUGACUGAUGCUGAGCUUGUCCUCCACACCCAUCGCCGUGACGACGUCAGGUGGCCUUACCUUUGCCUCCGUCGCUAUGGUUACGACUCCAACCUUUUCUCGUUCGAGAGCGGCCGGCGCUGCCAGACGGGGCAAGGUAUUUUUGCGUUCAAGUGUUCUCGAGCUGAAGAGAUCUUCAACAUGCUGCAGGAGGUGAUGCACAGUCACAGUAUCAGUGUGGUAGAGGAGGCGGUGCUGGAACCCAACCAGCAGGUGGCGCACACUCCUGCAGCUCUGGGAUACUCGGUGCCGACGGUUCCUAACGGUGUGACCAGGAUCCCGUCUGUGGGUGAGGCCCCGUCUCACCCCUCCACCCGCCACCCAUCUGUAGCCAGCACCCGUCUGCCCUCCGUGGGGGAGGAGUCCACUCACCCUCUGCUGGUGGCCGACGACGCGGUGCACACCUACGUGAACACCACCGGCCUCCUGGAGGAGCAGCCGAGCCCACUGACGGUCACCACCCCUCUGGAGAGCCCCACCUCCCCGCAGUCUCAGUGUCCUCCGACCCCCCCGCCUCCCCCGAGGGUCCGUGGUGAGCUGCUAGCCCCGCCCCCCCAGCCAGAGCCUCAGGUGCUGCUGGAGCCUCAGGGCGUCCGCUUCGUGCUGGGACCCACCCCUGUUCAGAGGCAGCUGAUGGAGAAGGAGAAGAAGCAGCAGGAGGCCGAGGAGCCCCGAGAGACUAACGGCCACGGCGAGGCUCCUGCUGAGCCUGAGCCUGGCCCCCCGCUCUCCAACGGCUCCUCCUCCAAUCCCUCCACGGCUCCACGCCGCCAACGCCCGCCCCCCCCCCCCCUCACCCCCGACCUGCAGAAUGUCAACAACUCGGCACAGCGGCGCACUGCCCUGCUGGACUAUGAGAACCUGCCGGCGCUGCCGCCGGUGUGGGAGGCGAGGAAGCCGAGCUCAGAGGAGGAUGAGAACGGCUGCGGCGGCUUGAAGACGCCAUCACUCAACGGUUAUCACGCCCACCACGGCCUGCUGCACCACUCCUACUCCCACCCGCUGUCCGCCUCCCUCGAGUCCUCGCACAACUACGUCAACACAGAGAACGUGACAGCGCCGCUCAGUGCCCACCGGCCCGACACGGCCCGCCGCCGCACCGAGGGCCCGACCAUCUUCAACUUUGACUUCCGCCGGCCGCCGCUGUCGGGCCACGCCGAGCAACCCAAAACCCUCAACUACAUUGAGGUGGAGAUGGACGGCGGCACCGGGAACAAGGGCACUUCGGACGGCAGCAACCCCCACACGCCCCGCACCCCAACCUCGCCGCUGCCCCCCACAACCCCCACCCGCCGCACCGAGCUCUACGCCCUCAUUGACAUCGAGCGCACCGCCGCCAUGUCCAACCUUCAGAAGGCGCGGCCGCGAGACGACGGCACGUCACGCAAGACGCGACACAACAGCACGGAGCUGCCCACCAAAAGCACCGUGUGACCCUCCCCUCACUUCCUGUUAACACGGCGCUUGGACGUCUUUAUAUUCCCACGGAGACGCAGCGACAGACUUAUUGACUUCCUGUGAGGUCACCUGUGCAGGUGUAUUUCCUGUGCUACCUCUGCUGGUCGCAGACUGCGUUCCUCCUGUAUGGUACAGAUCAGUAUUACUGAACAAAGCAUUCCAUUUAGCCUUUAUAUGAUCACUGCGAGCUGCUGUCUGAUGGUACAGUCUGUACAGUCUGUACGUGGAGUCUGGCUGCACAAUAAAUGUCUGUUUUUAUUUGUA